UCUCCACCACUUCCCCGAACAGAGACCACAAGAGCCCCUGCACAGCUUUGAAUGUCUUCCUAACACCAGAGAGUGGGUACAAUGGAAGUGAAGGUGUCUGUGGAAGGUGUCCCACGCGUGGUCUGUGGCGUGACAGAGGAAACGACAUGCCAAGAAGUGGUCGUAGUGUUGGCUCAAGCCCUGGGUCAGCCCGGACGCUACAUGCUACGGGAGAAAUUCAAAGACUUUGAGCGGUGGAUGACGCCCAACGAACGCCUUCUGGAGACUCUGGAGAAGUACGGGGAGCAGGUUCGGGAGGUCCAGCUCACCUUGCUCCACAAUGGACCCUCUGUCUUGGACGAGAUGAGCCGAACAAAAGUUGGCAGAUACCAACCUUGCCCGCCAUUAAGAAGGAAAGAUGCAGGGGCUAGAAUGCGUCGAGGCAGCGGUUCGCUGAGUUUGAAUCGCCAAAGCUUGCCACUGUUGCCUUGUUCAAGGCAGGAAGUGGAGCAGCAAGCAGAGGAUCUGAAGAGACCUAAAAGAAAGUCCCUGACACUCAUGGAAGAGGCCUGGGGAUGGUUGGAGAAUCUGGGUAAAGGCAAGGUCUACAGCACUGCCCGUGACAAGGAAAGCAGUAAGAGGACAGAUAAGAGAAACCGUACCUCUUUUGAUGUUUCUCUCGUGGAUGACAAAGAUAACUUAGGUCGAAGAAGCAGGAGCAAAGUCAGAGGUCAGAAAGAUUUAAAGUCAGACUUGGACAAUCAAACAUCGUGCUGCAUGGGAAGUCAGACGAGGAGUAGGGGAAGCAAAUACUGCAAGAAAGGCCAAGAGGCAAAAUCUGUUGACCUGUGCAGUUCAAGCUGCAUUUCAGCUGAAGAUGAGAAAAAUAGUCUAAAAGAAACCGUCAAACGUCAGCUCGGUUGUUUGCAGGAUUUACAGGUCCAGAUAGUCUGCAUAGACAAACAGAUUUUUGAGCUUGAGGAAAAACAGAAGGCUAAAAUAGCUGAGCAGGAAUCCCAGCAGAGGCUGGCAGAACAGGAGAUGGAGCAGAUCAAGUUUUGGGAAAAUGAAUUAAAGGCGGAGGAAGGUCAUGAGAAACACUUGGAGAGUCAGUUCCUUGAGAUGAGGGAAAAGGCUGUUGAAUGCAAGGCCAAACUGGAGGAGUACAAGCACAAAAUACAGGGGCUUGAUUUCUUUGCCACUCAAAAUGUUGUUGAGGAGGAUUCAGAGAUGAUUUCAUCCAGGGACGCAAAUCAGCGACGAUCUGAUCCAGCCGGGGACGUCAAUGUAAACAGGAAGUUCCUGCCCACAGAAGACUUCAACUCUCCCUGUGGCCUGGUUUCUCCCAGCCACCUGAAAGAGCGACGGCCCACAGGUCCCACGGAGCUCAGGGAGUGGUGGACACGCUGGUCUGAAUCCCAAAACAUUCAAUUGCAGACUAAAAAGGCUCCAUGUCAGAAGUGGGACCCUGUGGUCAUGAGCCAGGGAACAAGUGCAGUGGAUCCGCUGAGGUCAAAAUCCCAUCACAACAAGAAGUACCUCAAUAACACAGAAUACCUUUUUUUUUUAACAACAAUAUAAUCAGGCUAUUUAACACUGUUGUUUGGAUUACUCUCAAAGGUAUUAUUGUUCAAUUUCAGUUUUUGUGGGUAUAUGUUUUAAUGUCUCAGUCGACUGUAAUUUGUAAUACUGUACAUUGUAUAAUCUUUCAUAAUAAAAGCCCUGAUAAGAAAUGAAAGGCGUCUGUCUGAGGGCUCAGUGCAGCCAGUUUACUGAAGUAUUGUACUUUACUACAAACUUCAGGUACUUUAUUUGAAUAUUUGCACUCAGUGCUACUUUAUGAAACUGUUCAACUAAAUUUCAAAGGGAAAUAUUUCCAUUUUCAUGCUGCUGCAAUUACCUUUCAGAUAUAGUACUUUUUUCACUUUAAAAUGUAAUAAGCAAAACAUAGUUUGUAAGGAAAUAUUCUGCAUUGUAAUUAAUUUUGAUUCUCCAAUAAUACUUGAUAAUGCUGGACUUUUACGAGUAUGAGUGGUACUUACGUAGAUUUUUAGGUAAUUUGAAAAUUUGCAUUAUAAUUUACAUCCUUCUUCUAAUCCAUUACAAUUCAAACAGGGGUAUUUCACUUUUUACCCCACUUUACAUCAGUAGUUUUAUUUAUUUUGAAAAUUUAACGUACAAAACAUAUAAUUAGUAUCUAUGAUGCAUUGUUUUAGAUAAUACUGCCGCUAGGUUUGCAAAGCACUUAUUAGAUCCACUUCAACAACAUUACAGUGCUGAUGUUUAUCCAUAUAUACUAUCGAUCCACUUGUAUAAUGCUGACAAGGAGGCAUCGGGAGCACUUCAACUUUUAUUGCUUAAAUUAAAUUUGGUAAGCUCAACAAUUGAAGUGCAGGACCAAGCUGAAAUGUCGUGCACUUGGUAAACGUUCAGACUCUGUGACACUUGUAUUCCAGCUGGAUCUGUGUGAUGAGAGACAGGAGGAUCUUCAGUCUUCUUUUCUUCUUUCAUAAAAAGCAAUAACAUUCAUAAUACUUAGCUGAGAAAGUGGAAACAGACACUGAACAAUCGAAAUAAACACGUAUCAGGUAUAAAAUAUGCCCGUCACCUUUCCUGAAACUCUCGGGAAAAGUAACGAUAAAGAAUGACUGUAAUGCAAUGUAAGACUGGUCUGUUGUGUCUGCCGUUGCAUUUAGUGGUGGAUUUACCUAAAGUAACAGUAGCAAUUAAAUGAUGAGGAAGAUGAUUGUUGGAAGCAGUGUGUCCCUCAACUCUGUUGUGAUGUGGCAUUCUCUGUUUGGACACGUGGGGGCAGCAUAGGGUUAUCAGACCCCAGCUGACGUUGUUCAGUUUGGAACAUGAUUUUGUAGUUUGCAAGUCUGCUUUUAAAUCGCUGUAUACAGCUCAGCUUUUGGGUUUACAUGUAUUUAGUGUCUGGUAAUAAAGCAAAACAUCCUGCUACAUCGUGAAUUUCCGUUAAACACCUCGAUGGUUCUUAUGGUGUUGAAAGAAAGUGCUCAAUAUAAAAAUGAGACUGGUUGAUGACAGAAUGAUGUGAUGUUUUUGUUUUUUAAGGGACUUUGUUCAUUGACUGACUUCCUCGGUUGGACUGGUUCCACACAUAAAACGCUGAUUUAUUGCUACCGGUGUUGUAUCCGCUUCCCCUCUGUUAUAAUUGUGAUGAGAUAAGAUAGAUUCUUUCAUAUGAUUUGGACCCGAUACAGAGGAGCUGACUUAAGUGAUAUGCUAGUGAGGUUUUCUUGUUUGGCUCAUUGUCUUCAUGUAUCCAGAGA